CGCCACUUCUUCCACAAGCCCACCGACGAUUCGGUCAUUUCAUGGUGGUGGUGAUGGGAAAUACUGGCAACCUUUCUCAGUAUUGGGUGCAUGGUAGCACUCGUUGUUAUCCUGAUCAAGAUCGACAACACGCCCCUACAAGAGUGGUCGCUACAAAUCCAACCCAAUUCCUUGAUCGCCGUGUUAACCACCGUUGGAAAAGCGGCCAUGAUGGUACCGGCAGCAUCGUGCCUCAGUCAGCUGAAAUGGAGACAUUUCCAACUUCGGCCUCAGAGGCUUGGCGACCUUGAGAUCUUCGACGAAGCUAGCAGAGGCCCCUGGGGCUCGGCGGUUCUUAUCUUGCGGCUGUGUAGAAAGCUCCGGUCACAGUUUUUGACUGUGUAUGGCCUCGCCAUAUUGACCAUUUUGGCGCUGGGCUUUGAUCCGUCAGCUCAGCAGGUCUUGGAGUUUCCGCUGCAAGAAUCAAAAUUGACAAACGCCUCGGUUCAAAUCGGAAGGGCGGAUAUGUAUUUCUCCAAGGGCUUCCUCGAAAAUGAAAUCGGAAACUAUAUCUGGGUGCCAAAUACCGAUCUCUUAGCUUUACAGUCCUCUAUUGCCAACGGCGCAUCAGGUUCGGUUUUUCAACCAUUUCUGGCUUGCCCCAGGCCAGCCAGCACUUGCACCUGGGAUACAUUUACCACUCUGGGGGUCUGUUCCGAGUUGCAAGAUGUCACAAGCAUAGCGACGCCCAACUGCACUCAAGCGACGGGUGGUGCAUCGUAUGUCAACUGCACAUACACCUGGCCCGGGAUGCUGGACAGAAAUGGCUCGGAAGACCCACUCUACGACGACGCUGCCAUCAACAUGAAAUGGGAUCCCGAGAACCAAAUCAUCGAUCGUGGCACUAUGUUGUUUCGGUCAAUCACCCGCUAUCUCUCCACAGUCGACUUCCAAUUCGGGACCUUCAAGGCCGUGAGAGCUACCACGAAUGGGAUUCCCAGCCAGCAGUCAGGAGGAGAUCUAGCGCCUCCCCCUGUGGCCGUGUUUUCCGGGACGUUUACGUGGUGUGCACAAACCUACAGGAAUAUGACAGCCUCACCGAUCGGAAUAACUUCGUUUGAUAGGAUCGAUGAGCCACUCACAAUGCUUCAGACGAUCGUUGAUCGCGGUGAUGCCACCAACAACAUGGGACCCCCUUUUCAUACAUUUGUGGCCAACUCAACCGGAUCAACCUUCAACAUUUCCCGCAUGGGCGUCGAAACUCUACCAAGCUACCUCCAAACCCUACUAACAAGCGUCGUCUAUCACGACCAGAGUCGACCUGCACGAAUAGAAGACGAGACACUGCAAAUGGGCUACGCACUGUACAAAACAGACCUCUUCAACAUGACCAAGAACGUCGCGGACGCCAUCAGCAACCAAAUCCGAAGCAACGAGCCCGUGGGGGAUAAUUUUAACGCUACCACGGUAUCGGGCCUGGCCUUUUUCCAGGAGGCGUAUAUCCGGGUCCGAUGGCCGUGGAUGAUCGUGCCGCUGGCCGAGACCGCCAUGGCGGCCUUCUUGCUUGUUAUUUCGAUGAUGUUUACGCGGAACCAGCCCCUGCUGAAGACUAGUAUCUUCGCGUAUUUAUUUGCGGAGCUCGAAGGUUGGAAGGAAGGGGAUUUACGGGUUUCACGGCCGCCGACGCAGGAGAAACUUGCAGCCUUGGCGGAGGGGAUGCGGGCGCGUUGGGAAUAUGAACAAGAUGGAGCUUUGCGUCUGAAAAGGGAUAGCAUCUGAUAGAUGAUCAGGGUCUGAAAGAAACGUGGAUAUUUUC